GGCAACGGCGAUUCCUUCCUCAAGACCGCUGCAGCUCGUACGGCUUGCGCAAUGACACGUUUCUCCUCUCCGCCACUUCCAUUCGCAGUAUCAGUAUCUCGUGUAGCUGGUCCGAAUGGUAUACUUCAGCAAAGUGCGGAAGACCGCUGGAAGAAGACAGGAGAAGGCGAGGGCGGUGUCAUCGGUAUCGAGCACGUGCAAGGCGAGGGUAUCGUCGUAGCAGACUUCAACUGCGGAGGCAUGUUUCGAGCUUGGGUCGAUGACGAUGGUGAGGAACAGAUGAUGGUGUUUAAGGAGGGAUUUUGAGGACUUUGAAAAAGCUUCACACUAGCUUGUGGCGUACAGUGAGUCAAUAUUGAUGGCUUGACUAGUCUCAUGAUCGAAGGAUUGACAGUACACUUAAGCACGAGUCUCGUUCGCGACUCGGAGAUAUGCAGAAGAAGACGCUACUUCACGGUCCGAUUGGAACCGGAGAAGUUUGAGUUUGCGAGCUUUG